AUGCUCGAUUCAGGUGGCUGUUAUGUGUGUAUGAGGAAAAUCUGUGGCGGCAUGAUGAAGUGUCUGUUACUCGGUCUACUCUGUCUGGCUCUUACUGAGGGACUCGUCAGAGUUCCUCUUGUUAAAAAGAAGACCAUAAUGAAGGAAAGGGGUCUCCUCAAGGAAAUGCUGAAGUACGCACAGUACAGCUCUCAGCAAGGUUACUUUGAGAGCCUGAUCAACCAAAAUGAUAUGGCUUAUUUUGGAAAGGUUGGUAUUGGAACUCCUCCACAGUACUUCUAUCUCCACUUUGACACCGGCUCCAGCACUCUUUGGGUCAACUCUGUCUACUGCAAGAGUGAUGCCUGCAACAGUCAUCCUCUCUUCAACCCAAGGCACUCAUCCACGUUCACCAGCAAUCAACAGCCAUUUUCAAUCAAGUAUGGAACAGGCAGUGUCCAGGGGUUCCUUGGCAGUGACACAGUCACAAUUGGUCAGCUGACUGUCACAAAUCAGCAGAUCGGUUUAAGCACUUCAGAGCCUGGUGAUCAUUUUGCAAGGCCUCUUCACGAUGGACUCAUGGGUCUGGCCUUCAAGCCUCCUAAGUACCAGACCAUUGUGGACAAUAUGAUCCAAGAAGGUGUUAUUGAGGAACCUAUCUUUGCUUUUUACUUAAGCAGGGACUCUGAGAGUGGAAGUGAGGUUGUGUUUGGUGGAGUUGAUCCCUCUCAUUACGAAGGUCAGAUCAACUGGGUUCCUGUCCAACAAAACAGCCACUGGCAACUGGUCUUUGAAGGUUUUGAGGUGAAUCACCACUCGACAGGAUGGUGUGAUUCUGGAUGUACUGCUAUUACAGACACCGGAACGUCAAUGCUGCUGUGCCCACCACAGUAUGUACACUCUCUCCAUAAAAAGCUGGGAGCCCACCAGGACAGCAAUGGAAAGUAUGUGUUCGACUGUAAUGCAGUGAGCAGUCUUCCUACACUGACGUUCGUUAUGAACGGAGCUCACCUGCAUUUGCCGGGUACUGCAUAUGUGCUUCAGGACGAAGAUUCUAACUCAAAGUGUCAGAGUGGCAUCCGGGCAUCACAUGAGGAGUACAGAAAUGGUCAUCCUUACUGGAUCCUGGGUGAUGUCUUCCUCAGGCACUUCUACUCUGUGUUUGACCAAGGAAAUGCUAGAGUGGGAUUUGCUACCUUAGCAUAGAGUUAUCCAACACACUCUGAAGCACCAUGAAGUCAUGAUUCUAUUAUUUCAUGAUUAAGAAAAAGAAUAAACCAAACUGUGGUUAAAUGUCUAA